ACUACACCCGACUUUUCAGAUAGAAAACGUGUAUUGAAAGAGAUAGACGUGUGGAUUCAUAUAAGAACCUUUGGCUUGUACAUUGUGGUCAGUUAGACUUGCCUGUGCAUCGAAAAUCACAUCUCCAGAAGUGAGCAUUGUUAAAAUGGGAAACGAACAAGGUAAACGAGCAGCGGACGUCAGCGAAGAAGCUGCCGCCUGCCCCUUGUGCAAGCAGCCCUUCGACACGGCGUCGCGUCAGCCGAUAACGCUGACAGAGUCCAAGGUCAGGAUCUGCGAGACUUGCUUCCGGGCGCUUCGCAGUGAGGAUCCGGAGCCAAGGAGUCCUACAAGGUCAGUGGAUGGCGAGCGGCCUUCAGACGCAUCAUCAGACAUGACGGAGCCGGAGGAAAAGGCUUCACCUGAGCCCGAGGCGGUGCAAGGGGAACCCGACGGCGACGCUGCGGAUGCUGACCUCGCCUCGGGGGACGGACAGGAGGAGGCCGCAGCUCCAGCCCCAGGAAUGGACCCGCAAACCAAGAAGAUUUUGAUAGGCGUUGGAAUCGGGGUGGGCGCCACUCUAGGGGCUGUGGGCGCCGUCGUCGCUGCUCCGUUUGCGUUGGCGGCCGCGGGAUUCACCUCGGGGGGCAUAGCGGCCGGGUCACUGGCGGCGGGAAUGAUGUCCUCCGCUGCCAUCGCCAACGGAGGAGCCAUCGCCGCCGGAAGCACGGUGGCGAUCUUGCAGUCGGCCGGAGCAGCUGGUAUAGGCGCAGCUGGUAUAGCUGGACUGGCAGCUGGUGGAGGCGCCGUAGGGGUCGCUGCCGGAGGAGCAACUGCAGCCGGGGUCAAUAAACUUGUAGAAUUGGGACAAAACCAAGAAAAUAAGACUGAGAAUGAGA